ACGCCAGCGGAGCGGCAGAGGGCUUAAAGAGGAGCAGCAGCAGGUCCGGACUCACUCGGACCAGAACGCUACCAUGGCCCAGAAGACGGUUCUGAUCGUGUACGCCCACCAGUGCGCGGCUUCGUUCAACGCGGCGGCCCGAGACGCGGCGGUUCAGGAGCUGUCGGCUCAGGGCUACCGAGUCCUGGUGUCGGACCUGUACGACAUGAAGUUCAGGGCCGAGGCCACGAGAGACGACGUCAUCGGCGGGCUGAAGAACUGCGAGCUGUUCCAGUACGGGGAGGAGACCAUGGCGGCCUGGGAGGAGGACCGGCUGAGCGACGACAUCAAAGCCGAGCAGAAGAAAGUGACUGAAGCCGAACUCGUCAUCUUCCAGUUCCCGCUGUACUGGUUCAGUGUUCCUGCCAUCAUGAAGGGUUGGAUGGAUCGAGUCCUGACUCAAGGUUUCGCCUUUUCUCUGCAAAAUGUGUACAACAACGGACUGUUCAAGGAUAAGAAAGCGAUGUUGUCCUUCUCCACUGGAGCCAUACAGACCAUGUACCAGCCGGAUGGAAUAAACGGAGACAUCAACGUCACUCUGUGGCCUCUUCAGAACGGAAUUCUGCACUUCUGUGGGUUCCAGGUUCUGGCUCCUCAGAUCUUCUGGAGUCCGGCUCACUCUCCGCACGCCGCCAGAGCCGCCAUGCUGGAGGGAUGGCGAGCUCGGCUCAGAGGACUGAUGGCAGAGAAGCCUCUGAGCUUCGCGCCAUGCGAGCUCUUCAACCUCAGCUUCCAGGGCGGCUUCCUGAUGAAGCCCGAAGCCAGGAAGGACCAGGAGGCGAAUCCGUACGGCCUCACGACAGGACAUCAUCUGGGGAAACCGCUGCCGCCAGACAACCAGACCAGAGCUGGACCGACACUGAAAAAAUGAAGCAGGAAGCAGAGAGUCGGAGCUUCUCCUCAGCAGCGUUUUUUAAAAAAUAUUACAGCAUCUCGUUAAUGCAGAAACGUGUGGCUCCACACGCUGUAUGUUUACUGAAGCUGAAUUAAAACCUCGUCCACAACAAAGA